AUGGAAACCAAUGCUCUUCAAGCCAAUCAACCGGGAUUGUUGCUCGAGACUCAGGAGUUCACUGUCUGUUUUGCGAUCCAAAGCUAUUUACACACGCUCAAAAAUCAGUUCCAAGAUGAACCACAAAUUUAUGAACAAUUCAUAGGAAUUAUUCAGAAUUUUCAUGAAGACGAGGAAAUGCCACGCGACGAUCUUGAGGCGACAGUUGGACAGAUUUUGCAAGGUCAUGAUGAUCUGAUUCAAGAGUAUCAGCGCAUCCGAAUACUUUUCGAUGAACGAGAAGAUUUUGAGCUGGCUAGGAAACAGGUAGAGGAGGAGAAGAAAGAAGCGCUGCGGAACAUCGCAAGUGCGGAAAGACAAGCUGCGCAUAUACGAGCUUGCGAGGCGCAGAGUAAAUCCACGUUACUGCGUCUCCCGAGGGAAAUCAGAGAUGCGAUUUGGAAAGAUGUCGCGCAGGGGAACAUUGUGCAUAUUUCCCGGAUCGAUGUUGAAGAUGCUUCUUCGUCGUCGUCGACAUCUUUUAAGUAUCAUUCGUGCGUGGCGAUCACUGGACUCAAAAGCUCGGCUUGUCCCGCGGGAGAAGGAGAUCAUGCGCUGUGUGCGAGAACCAGCCGCUCGGAUUUCCCUUCCUAUCGUUUGGUGUGCAAACAGAUGAAUCUGGAACUUCCGGAAGCGAGAACAACUUUCUUUGCGGAAAACGCGCUGCAUUUUGAUAAUGUGGAGGAUGCGGAGAUGUUUAUUUUCGCAUUGAAGGAGAGGGAUAGAUCGACUAUCACGCAUGUCAGAUUACCGGUUCCGUAUUCGUUGGCGAUGAAUGAUUACAGUGAUGGAAUGGAGUUUAGAGCCUGGGAAGCGAUUAUGAAUUACUUUAGUUGUCCCUGGGUACGAUCAACGCUUCAUUUAAAUGAGGACGAUUCGAGGUUCUUGAAAAGACCAUGGUACUUUUACUAUUCCUCCUGUUACUAUCACGAAAACAGGGACCGCAUGUACAAAAAAUGGCAAGUCGGAUUCGGUGACACAAGUUGGGAUGUAGAUAUUGCAUCUCUUCGCCACAAAAGCGAACCUAGAAUCGAUAUUGGGAUGAGCUAUCCGGAAUACGCACAAAGCACGCUCUUCCGUCUGCGUCCCCGCAACCACAUCCCUUUCACAACACAAUUCGACAAUCCCCCACCAUGGCUACGCUCCCUCCUCCAAUUCCGCCAAUACUCCGGACUGAAUUUUCAUUUCUGGGCCUCCAAUCCCACCUCUAAAGAGUGUGGAAUUGUGCGCGUUCCUCGACACGAAGCGUUUAUAGAAGCCUUGCAGGAAGAAGUAUCGCACUCGGAAAUUGGUCCUUGGAAACUUGUGCAGUUUAGACGGAAGCCAUUUGGUAAUCCGGAUAGGGCUUCGUUGAGGAAUUUGUAG